UAUAUAUAAGGCCACUGUGAUCAAAUGUUAUUUAGCCUGACUGCUGCAGUUAAGACAGUUUCCAGAAACUUCGAGAUGUUUUCGCUUUUUCGCGCGCUUUUGCUCGUGGUGGUCGCGUGUCUCCAGCGCACGUGCCAGCAGCAACCGUCGGAGCCGUCAAUCGGCGAACUCCUGACGAACGAUGACCAACGGCGUUUUUGCAGUGGAGGGUUAGAGUUAAGUUAUCCAGAUUUGGACGUUCAUUCCUGCUUGAUCAUCCCUAAGAAGUUCAGAAAGAAGAUCACUCAAGAAUGGAGACCUCCACAGGUUUGGCUGGCCACGGCGGACGAGAAGAAGAAGUACACGUUGAUGAUGGUGGAUCCUGACGCCCCUAGCCGUACCAAACCCAUUUCAGCCCACUGGAGGCACUGGCUGCUGGCUGAUAUAAAAGGACAGUCACUCAGAACAGGAGACGUUAAAGGCACUUUGCUAUCCGAGUACGCUCGUCCCACACCUCCUAAGCGCAGUGGCUUUCACCGUUACCAAUUCCUCGUGUACGAGCAGAACACAGGCCAGGUGUUGUCUCUCAGCAAGCAGGAAAAGAGCUCUCUGGGAAACUGGGAUCCUCAAGCAUUUGUGAAGAGGUUUGGACUUGUCGGUCCCAUCGCCUCAAUCCAGUUUUUUACCCAGAACUUUAAUGAUUAGAUGAUGAUGCCAUACAUCUGACUCUAAGCUUACGCUUUGUGCAACUAUGCACCCAUCAGCAUCAUAAAAAAAUUUAAAAAGAAUUUAAUGUUUUUCUUCCAGAUAAAUAUAAGUCAUGGGUUUUCUUUACAUUGUUGUGUAUGGACUAUUAAAUGGAUUUUUGGAAAUAGGGUUUAAUUACUUGAUGUACUGUACAAUCAAAAACUGUAUUUUAGGGUAUUUUAGGAUGUUUAAUCUGCCGUGAGAGUGUCAUAAACAUGUUGA